AUGAGCGGCAAAUGUCUCAACUCCGCCUUCUACGAUCUGAUUGGACAAAGAUAUAAAAAUGUUAGCAAAACAGACGUGAGAGCUUCUUGGAUUCAGCAUCCAAAGCGAGCUCCACCAAAACAGACGACUACAAUGGAAGAACUAUUUCCACCCCCACCAAAUAUAGCCAAUUACAGGUUUCCACCCUCAUUGUUUAAACAAAUUCUUGCCUCGUAUGACCUAUCUACAAAAGAUGCUAUUGUAUGGGGAGUAAGCAAUGAGUCAGUGGCCAAAGCAAAGUAUUGCUCUUAUGGAGAUGCAGUUGUUGAAGAAACAGGUGUAUGGUUGCAUGAGAAUGGUGUUUUAGGCGCAAGUCCUGAUGGCCUCAUUCGGCGGGCAGCAACCCACAACUAUAACCACCAAGAAGCAGAGAUGACUGAUGUGCUAGAGGCAAUGCAAGUGAGGCCUGAAAUUUUGGAAGUGAAGUGCACCUUCACUGAUAGAAAUAUGACAAUCCCUGAAGCCAUUAACUCCAUCAAAGAGUUUUGUUUAGAGUACUAAGUUCAUGAUGGCAGACGGAUGUACAAGCUUAAAGAAGAUCAUAUCUACUACGACCAAGUACAGGGGCAGCUAUACAUCCUAAACAAAUCAGCCUGUGAUUUCGUUGUGUGGACGACUCGAGACAUUGCCAUUGUUAGGGUUCUCCAGGACGGCUUGUGGGGCCAGAACAUUGAGAAAC